AUGAAGGUGGACAGGGAUGACAGACACCAUAGGGCUGAGGAGACACGCAAAAAAGUUAUUAACGCCAACGCCGCAUUUCCACCCUCAUCUCGAGUCCUUCUCCCCUGUUCAUUGCAAGUCCCCUCUAACCUUGAAGUCUACCCUUUCAACCACAUCUACUACUACGACCACCACCACCACACACUGGGCCGCCAAGCCCCUAUCCCACCCAAAAAUGGCACCUAUCCCAAUCACAAUCGUAACCGGCUUCCUCGGCUCCGGCAAAACCACCCUCCUCCUCAACCUAAUCCCGCAACUCCCCCCAACCUACCGCCUCGCGCUCUAAAAAACGAAUUCGGCGACGUAGCCGUCGACUCCCAACUCGCCUCAACAAACUCCAUCUCCGGCGUCCGCGAACUCCUCAACGGCUGCAUCUGCUGCAACCUCGUCGGCCAACUCAGCGAUGCCCUCGAACAACUCCGCACAACCGUUUCACCCGAUCGCAUCGUCAUCGAGACCUCCGGUAGCGCAUUCCCCGCCACGCUGGCGAUGGAAGUAAACCGGCUUGCGCGGGAGGGUGCGGAGUUCGUUCUUGAUGGGGUGAUUAGCGUUAUUGAUGUGGAGAAUUGGGCGGGGUAUGAGGAUACGAGUUAUACGGCGAAGUUGCAGGCGCAGUAUACGGAUUUGAUUGUUCUUAAUAAGUGGGAGGAAGUGGGGGAGAGGAGGUUUGAUGUUUGUUUGGAUCGGGUGGGGGAUUUGGGGAUUGAGACGCCGUGGGUUAAGUCUGAUAAGGGGUUUGUGGAGAAGGAUGUUUUGUUGGGGAUUGAUGGGGCGCUGUUUGCGAAGGAGGAGGGGUUGGUCGAGGGGGAGAAAGACGGGCAUGCCCAUGGUCAUGGGCAUAAGCAUGAUCAUCAGUCUGAGGUGGAGGUUUUGUCUGUGCAGUUGAAGAGUGCGCCGGGGAAGACGGUGGAUGUUGAGGCGCUGGAGCGUCUACUGCAAUUGGCGCCCAGAGAAGAAGUGUACCGCAUCAAGGGUAUCUUCCGAUGCUCGGCUGCGACGCCACCCGUCGACACUUCGGAUGAUAUGAACUCGAGAAAAACAGGGGAUGCGUCGGAGACGAGGUACUAUAUCCUCAACUGGGCGUUUGGCCGGUGGACAUGUACCCCGUCGACGGUCGUUGCCGAGUCGGCUGAUGAAUCUGUGGCGGCACGGUUGACGCUUAUCCUCGCGCGGUACGAAUCCGGCAAGUGGAAGAAGAAGUUGGAGGCUGGUGGUUUCGUCCAAGUCGCUGGUGGAGAGGCGACCGAGUUGGCCGUGGAGCGAUUGGUUUGA